UAACAGCUAAAUUUCCGCUGCCAACCGGAAGUUGGCAGCGGAAAUCAACAUGAAACAAACAGAUCGGGCGGCAAAGAUGGAGUCUUUCCCGAGCCUAACAUCUCGGCAUGAAGACCCGGAGCAGGACUUCAGGGUUCGGCUGACGUCCAAGAGGAAAACCACCGAGCUGAUGGUCCGAGGCUGCGAGCUGCUGCGGAGCGUUUUGGACGGACAGCCGGACAUUCCCGAGGACAGCCGAAGGGUUCUAGUGCAGGAGCUGCUGGCCAACUUUGAAGCUGCUGUGAGGCUCAACGUGUUGGUGGACGGACAGCCGUGGGACGAGGCUCCAGACCUGGAAGAUGAAGAGGCGAUGGAUCUGGAGAGCCACCUGGACGACAGCAUCCUGGACACCACAUGGAGGCGCCGCUCCUGCCCCAAACGGAUCCUUCCCCAUGUGGUUCACGCCCUGAAGGCCCAGCGGAAAGUUCUGGGUCUGUAUGAGACGUCAGUCCAGCCUGCAGAGCUGCACAGAGAUCCAGAUCUAGAGAGCAUCAUGAGCGACGUGUCUGCUGCGGCUCCCGGCGUGGUGAGGCAGGCCAUCCAGGUGAUAAAGGCCAUCGACGCGCUGCAGCAGCAGGCGGCCGGUCUCUGUGAGAUCCUCGACCUGAAGCCCAGCGCAACCUCGCUGCAGAUCCACAGGGAGGUGCUGGGCGCCAUGCCGCCUGCAGGGGGCGCAGGCCGGCGGCCCCUGGCGGUGGCGCAGGGCUACGAGGACGACGGCCAGGGGGCGCAGUUCAGCGAGGAGGAAGAGGAGUAACACUUCCUGGAAACCACGGAGAUCAGGAACUGUUCAGCUCCAGGUUUCUGGUCAAAUGAACAUUAAUCACAGGUUUUUUUUACUUUACUUUUUUUUUUUAUGAAAGUGAUCAAUAAAAAUAUUUUCUGCGUCUUGGUGAACCAGAAUCGUUCGUUCAGCUGAUUAUCAACCGUGGUUAGCACUACUUUAGCAUUAGCUUUGCUGAAGUGCUGCAUUAAAAAAUAUUUAUAUUUUUAAAAACUUUUAAUUGUUCUGAAUUUUAUAAAGAUGCAGUUUUCCUUUUUGUAAUUCGGGUGAAUUUUUUAUAGAAAUUAAGCUUUCAUACAGCAGAAACUCUGACAGCUGCAGAAAAUAAGAGUUUCUGAAGAAUCUGGUGACUUUUACUGAAAACUUUCCU